CCAUGCUCAACGGCGCGACAGGAGGGCUAGUACAGCGUCUUCCCUUAGCUGACUUCCACCGCUUCCUGCACUCGAGGCUUCGAGCGUUCAUGGCCGAGGACAUCCAAGUGACGUACGACAAGAGGCCGUCUCACAUACUUUACUCAGAACACGGCAGAAGCGCAACCUGCCGCUACUGAGGAUUAUUCUGGUUAAAGACGGAAAGGGGAAGACAUAUUUACU